UUUAUUUGCAAAAUAAUGAAAAACUUUCGAACCCUCGAUUUGGUCAAUUUAGAAGUGGUCCCAUACGACAUCGUUUUCUGCGGGUCGAGAAGCGAAGCAUAGAAAACCAUCGGAUAUGCGUCAUCUCACUUUCCCAUUUCCGAAAAUUUAGGGUUCGUAAAUCCAAAACAAUCUCCCUAAAUCCAAAAAAUCCUCUCAAAUGCAAGUCACUCUCGUCCCUGAAGUUCAGGCACACUUGGUUUUCUUGGAGGGGGGAGGCUUCACGGUAGUAAUUCCACCUGGUCAUGGUUUUACAUUGAAUGUAAAUGCGGCGGACAUUGGAGCUGGAGGUGCCGGAGCCGCUGGAGCUGGAGGUGCCGGAGCCGCCGUUGCUGCCGGUGAAGCAAUAGCUGCCAUCACAGCCGGAAUCGAACAGCAUUCCACUGAGAACACACUCUCCACAACUCAAAUACUGCACAUGCUUAUGAUUGACAACACCUAUGAAGUGCUCGACAUUCAUGUACACACUCCAAUUGAUGGCCUUUACCUCUACAUCACUCCUAUUCGACGGCGUCAGGACUUCCAUGCGUACGCUUGGUGCCGGUGCUGCCCCAUUGGUGAUCCGUUACCGUCGUGGAGUAGCCCCACACCCACACCCUGAACUUUUUCCACAUCUCCGCGUCGUAAGCCGGCGAUAUCAUAUUGAAGGACAACACCGUUUCCUAUUGCACUAUCUCCUUGAACAUCAAGACGACGCUGGCGAAAUGCCACCAGAACCACUCAUUCCGCUCGAGCCGGUGGUUCCAAUACCAUUUCUUGCAUGAGAUCCUUAAUUUCUAUGAGUAAGAUUUCAUGUUUUGUAAUAAAGAAAAAAGAUUUUGCCGGAUAUUCCCUUGUGUAGACUCUUGUUCCAUUUUCCGUCAUCAAGACCUGAAAGUUAAAAAAAGUCAUUUCGCUGGAUA